UUGUACGCCAAUUUGAGCGAGCCUUCUGGAUACGUCAUCGCUCCGCGCCGCGGUGAGGACUUUCUAGGCCCGGGUCAGGGCAAUGGAGGCAGCCGCGGCUCCGGCCGUGAGGGGGCUGCGCGCGGGCUGCCAGCGUCUCUGCUACGGGGCAGGUUCUGAAAGAAAAUGGAGUUUGCAGUCAAAACAGAAUUCUUUCAGAUUUUGUAGUACUGGAAUGACGUUGGACAACAUCAACAAGCCAGCCAUAGAUCGCAUAAUCAGGGUGGAUCAUGCAGGGGAAUAUGGGGCAAAUCGUAUUUAUGCUGGGCAAAUGGCUGUGCUAGGUAGAACUACAGUAGGACCAGUCAUUCAGCAAAUGUGGGAUCAAGAAAAGGACCAUCUGAAAAAGUUUAAUGAGUUAAUGGUCACAUUUCGAGUUCGACCUACUAUUUUAUUGCCUUUUUGGAAUGUUGCAGGAUUUGCUUUAGGUGCUGGAACUGCUUUACUUGGAAAAGAAGGUGCAAUGGCUUGCACUGUGGCAGUGGAAGACAGCAUAUCAGAGCAUUAUAACAACCAGAUCAGAACACUAAUGGAGGAGGAUCCAGAAAAAUACAAAGAAUUAUUGCAGAUAAUAAAGAAGUUCCGGGAUGAUGAGCUGGAGCACCACGAUGCAGGGCUUGACCAUGGUGCAGAAUUGGCACCAGCUUAUUCGCUUUUGAAGACUGCUAUACAAAUUGGAUGUAAAGCUGCAAUAUUUUUAUCAGAGCGAAUUUAGCACUCUAUUUUUCAAUAAUAUAAAAGAUUAUGAUAUUAAAUUAAGAGUUAACCAGUGCACUUGUCAAAUUAUGUGAAACUAAUCGAUAUUUUUUACAGUAACUGACUUUUUUCCCCCUUCUUUUUAUAAAGGAUCUGAUUCUGCCAGUCUUACUUAUGCUAAGUAGUAUCUUGCUCAAUAGGUAUUUUCAUUGACAUUAGUGGGGCUACAUGUGAAGUAAUAUACUUACAAUGUGAGUAUGGAUGGUAGAAUUGGGUCCUUAUUGACUAUAUCUAAAAUGAAAUUAAAAGGCUGUUUUUUAACCAAAAAAAAAAUGCUGGUUUUGCAGGUAUUCACAAGGUGACAGUAAAGCGUGUGUCUGUUAUAGUACAUACAUUUACUAUUAGCCUUCUGUACUUGUACAGACUUUUAAAAAUGAGCUAAUCCUUCAAUUUAAGACAAUACAUUUAGCACAGAUUAUUUUCUGAGUUUUAUUUUCAGGGGAAGUAAAUCAAGUUCUGGUAAGAAUAUUUCCCUCAUAUGUCUCAAAUAAAGGUUUGUUAUUACAGGGCUCUA